CGUCCACUCACUCUACGUGAACGAUGCAGCCAGACUCAGAAACACCGCCUCCAGGCGCUGCGGAGCCCAAGGAGAACUCAGUCACGACACAGUCCAAUGUCCCGACGUUGACCGACCAGACCGUCUACCUGCCCAAGAGGAAAAUUAUUUCGGUAUUUCUGGCAUGCGCAUCCGUUAGCGUAACGGGACUCCUGGACGAAACGAUGGUCGCGGUCGCGCUGCCCAUAAUGAGCUCCCACUUCAAUGCUGGCAGUCAGAUAAGCUGGGUCGCGAAUGCAUUCUUUGUAACGAGCACGAGCUUCCAGCUCAUCUACGGCCGCCUCAGUGACAUUUGGGCAAGGAAAUCCGUCCUCCUAGUCUUGAUGUUCAUCUUCUUCGUCGGGAAUGUCGCGUCCAGCGUUUCGCGAACAUUUAUCGAGCUCCUCGUGUUUCGUGCGAUUGCGGGCGUGGGCGGCGGCGGUCUGCCAACCAUUGCACAAGUCAUCGUCUCUGACGUCGUCUCCCUCCGCGAACGCGGGAAGUAUCAAGGCAUUCUGGGGGUAUCAGUUGCUCUGGCGAAUGGUAUAGGGCCAGUCAUCGGCGGCGCAUUCGCGUCUCAUGUAACAUGGCGGUGGAUAUUCUGGCUUACCCUGCCUAUGACAAUCUUCUCAGCCUUCAUGGUCUGUUUCUUCAUGCCACUAAAACCUGUCGAAGGCGACUGGAGAAUGAAGGUCAAAAGGGUUGACUGGCUUGGGGUGGGCUUGAUUCUGGCGUCCUCUACGUUAAUUGUGCUCUCGUUGACUUGGGCCGGUGCCGAAUAUGCCUGGGACAGUGCACAUGUUCUCGUUACUUUGAUAUUGGGCAUCUUUAUAGGAAUCGGCUUCGUCCUAUGGGAGUGGAAAGGACCACAGUUCCCUCUUCUUCCUCUUCACAUAUUCAAGAGCAGCAUCGUUGUCGGCGCGGCGAUCACACAGUUCAUUAACGGCUUCCUGACGAUGGUCCAAGUCUUCUAUCUGCCGACAUUCUAUCAAAUGGCGUACGGGUACUCGGCGACCAGGAGCGGUGCCAUGUUGUUGCCGCUUACCGUCGUACAGACUUUCACAUCCACCUUCUCGGGGCUCAUCAUAACAUGGACGGGACGAUACAGGGAAAUGAUUCUGAUUGGCUGGGCAAUAUGGGCCGUCGGUCUUGGGCUGCUAGCCACGCUGAAGGCCGAUUCGCCCGUCUCACGGCAGAUAGGGUACUCCAUCCUCACUGGCUUCGGCGUCGGACAAACAUUCCAGCCGUCCCUCAUCGCUGUUCAAGGCGCUUUGGAGAGGAAGGACAUGGCUGUCGUGACCGCCAUGCGAAGCUUUGCUCGCAACCUCGGUGGUACAAUCGGACUGGCCAUUGCAGGCACCAUGAUCAACAACGUGCUCUCCUCGCGCCUCCAUGCCCUCCCCAGCUCUAUCAUAUCACCUGAACAGCUGCGGGCCAUCGUCAACAACCCUGUCGAGACGGUUUACAGCCUGUCGGACCCACUUCGUGCCGACGUGAUCGAUGGGUACCGCCAGGGCUUCCGCGACGUCUUCAUCGUGCUCGCGUCCCUUGCAGCGUUCUCCUUUUUUGUUGCCGCGGCGCUGCUGAAACACAGGAAGCUCGACCGGGACGAUGACAAAGAGCUCAAGGAACAGGGUAAGCAGUUCGUGCAAGAGCUGCAGGCGGCAAAGGCGAGACGCAAGCACGCCGGCGAGCAACAGUCUGAGAGCCCUGGGACGGUGCCGGAGAAGGAGUCGGCAGGCACGUCGGAGACCGAGGGUGCCAGUGCGGAGAAGCCUUGACAGGGUCGUCGAAUAGCACAAUAAUAGCGGGCCUAGGUUCUUCUGGCGCAAAGCGCUCGAGUGGGUCAUUGCAGUGCUUAAACGUUGGUGAUUUACUCGGUGCUACGUUAAUGAAUAACAUCGUCAUCGCUGGUGUGCCUGGAUGACAGAAGCAUAUGCACAAUCUGCAAACUCGACAGGCUACAACGGCGCGCGCUUCUGCAGAAGCAGCGGGGAAAGUGCGCCGAUCUCUGGACGGAACCUACAGGAGAGGACCCCGCCCAUUCCUGGCCCCGAUCAGGAUCGACGAUACGGAGAGACCAGCAGGACCUCGGGUCUACGCGCCAGGACACCGUGGACGCGCCGCAUCGGCAUUCGGAAGAACGUUUGUUUCUGCUUCGCUUAUGGCAAACAUCGACUCGCGUAUUCUCCACGGCCAUAAUGAGGCUUCGAUUUGGGUGUGCGUCCAGCAUUGAAAAGACACAUGCGCCGACGAGCAGAGCACAGCUGCAGCCCC